UUGUGUGCUCAGGCUAUUAGUGGUAUAAAAAUCAUACCUACGGAGCUGGAGCAGACGAGUUAGUUCAAUUUUCGGCCCAUCCGCUUUCUCACAAGACUUGGUCCCGGCCAAAAUCUCCACAGACAUAUCUAGUACCAUGACAAGUGCCUUGGCAAAUGAAGCAUUCCUGUGCAAAUGCGGCAAUGUACCAUGUGCUCACCAGCAAACGUCCGCUAGAAUCGUCCCUUCACACGACCGCACGACAACAUCAAACUAAUCCGUUCGCAUUGACAUGAGAGUAUAAAGUGUUAGAAAGUACCUCUUGAUCUGACGCAGACUUGAUCUAUGGCAACUUCCUCUCUUUUGGACUCCGAAAAAUCUAUCGCACAGGAACUACUCGUACAGGUUAUCUCCGCUGAUAUCGCUAAGUCCCCGCUACCGAUUAGAGAGUCACUUCGCGGAACGUCGACAACUCCCUCACCUCCCACUGUGGACAUGCCUUUAUCUGUACUCAAGGAAGCAUCGAUACCGCUUCUAGUCAGCAGCCCUGCGUCGAGGUCUGUGCCCCUCGAAGAAUGCAAGUCCGGCAUAACCGAGAGACGAGAGAAUGGCUUCCUUCGACGGUGGCAGCAAUGGGAUUGGCUUCAUGAUUGCUGGAAGCCCUACGAAUACAUCGAACAGACUCCCCCUAUGGCCACCCAAGAGCCUACUUGUUUCUGUUUAAACGUUCGACGGAAGACAGAUAAAGAGAAACCAAAACUGGUUUUCAGUGAUUUUAGUCCCAUUUUACUCGCCUGUUUACGCUCCAUUAUAGGGGGUGAAUGCUUGAGCCAAGAUCCACAAGUUCCUAUCGAUGAGCUGCUUUUGGAGCUAGAUUCGUUGGACAGUCGCACCAAUGACGCACGUGUAGCAUUGGAAGAUAACAAAGAAGAUGGUAUCGUAUCAAGUGCGAAAGCGCUCGAGCAUACGUAUGAGGGUCUACAUGAUGGUGACGCACGCGCGUACCUUACGGCUGCAGUCCAGCAGCUUGGCAUUCUCCUACUAUUGCUUAAAGAAGAAUUCAAAUCAAUAGCGGAACGAUUGAAACAUGCAGUAGUGCAUGGUCGCAUACCGCUCGAUCUGCUGGAGUUCUACUUCCAAAAGAAUCAGCAGUACUACUACCACGACGACAAUGAUGAUUUCGAUGCAUUCCGCUUGACCUCAACUUAUUACGAUGACUUUGACAAAACAUUCACUCUUAACGGAGAGGGUUCAUACUGGAACGGAGCCAAGUGGGCUGAGGUCGAACGAGGCCGGAUGGUUAAACUGACUGAGGGGUCGUUGAUCUUGGCUGAUUUGAGAACCUUCAAGAUGACGCCUGAGAUAUGUAGGCGACUUACGGAGCGCGGCAGGAAGUACGUCGCACUAGCGGGGGUCCAUCACAGACUUCACAGAGGACGGCGGAUCAUAGUUGAUCGCUUGGCCUGGAACACGUUCGGCUACAACCACACAGAUGAUACCUCUUUUCCAUACCCCCUUCUUCAAGAUAGAAGCAAGGCUCGAGACAACGACGACAUCCCGCCUGUGCCCGAAGAUGAUAUCGCUCUUCUCCCGCGAUUCAUGCCAGGUUUUGAUAUGGAACGCAAGUCGUGGGGCUUCUUCGAUGUUGAUGAAAUCGAACCAAUAAGAUUCAAUGAAAAUGCCUGGAAGCACAUUGUGCUCGACGAAAGUUCAAAGGAUAUCAUCGAAGGAGUUGUGGGUACAUUCGACUUCAGCAAGGAGGUCAUGGCAGAUGAAGAACAAUCGGGCUUGGUUAUACUCCUGCAUGGACCAUCAGGGACUGGCAAAACGGCAACCGUUGAAGCUAUCGCGGAACACUUUAAACGACCAUUGCACACCCUAUCAGUAUGUUCCCUUCCGUUGGACACGAAUUUACUUGUGGAUACGUUGACAUCCCGUCUGGAUGUAGUAAGAUCAUGGAAUGCCAUAGUAUUGAUUGAAACUGGGGAUAUUCUCAUGCAGACUCAGAGGCACGAGCCAAUAAUGGAGGAACACGAUCGCAUCUCGAUGAUACUCGAAUUCUUUGAGCGGCAUCGGUGCAUUGUAUUUGUUACCGCCAGAACUACAUGUGCCGCAUACAUGUCGCAUUUUGCUAUUGCUAUCCAAUAUCCUGAAUUAGAUAACGAUUCCCGCCAAACUAUGUGGUCUAAUAUGCUCUCACAGGAAGCAAACAACAUAUCUCGUCGAGACAUCGAGGAAUUGUCUAGAGUUGCAGUCAAUGGUCGGGCGAUGAGGAACAUUCAUACUACGGCCAAAGCACUAGCGCAUUAUAGUAAAAAACCUGUAUCUCUACACCACUUGAAGACUGCUGCAAAGACACAAGGACAGGUCGAAGGUGCAGGACAUCAUCUUUACUGGUGACCUAGAAGUUCAGAGCCGUUUAUUGAAUAUACCCUCUAACUGCAAGAAUGCAAUAGUUAGAUAGAUAAUAUAUGUAGACUCUCGACAGACGAAUUACAGGGCAGUUUUUUUUGGA